AUGGCUGAUUCAGACAGAUUGCAAUCUACUCUCAGGCAACUGGAAAUUGCUCUGGAGUUUGCCCAGUAUAGUGCCUUAACAGAUGCGGACACUCUUGCUCGUUUGGAAGAGUGGAAAAGGCGAGCCACUGCAGUGCUUGCUGACCUUCGUGUCCGGCCCCAGCCCCACCUCGCGCUAUCGGUGCAGGCGCAAGUCGUCUUCUCAGUAGCUCACUUUGAUGGAGAAGGACCUUGGAUAUCAGAGGAUGCAGGAAGGGAUGCAAAAGGGAUACUACAGUUGUACAGCGCGCCAGAAGUGUCUCUUCUUCAGGAAAUUUUGUCUAGACACGUCAAGCCUGUCUUUCAUGCCAACCCUCAUCCCUCCCUGAACCCGUCCACUGGUCGGAAGUUGUCUCGGGCUGCAGGCGGACCUCUCGCGCACCUAGAUCAUCUUGAGGGACAGACAUGGAAACUGCAUACGGGAAUAGUCAACACGCUCUCUUGGUGCCUCCGUCAUAGCAGCAGCAUCGUAUAUGAAAAGCUGUGGCAUUUGAUUAUACCCCCCGUGAUGACGAUGUUAGACGACUAUGAAGCCCCACAGAAGAUGCACGGCAUUCGACUGGUCACGGAGAUGCUCCAGGAAGUGCCCGCGGAUCUCCUCUGCCGUACUGGUGUUGAUAGAUUGCUCUCGUCCUCUCUUAAAACGUGUCUUACAUUUCUCCACAGUCCAGAAACACCCAGCCUGAUUCGGGCAGCCGUUUGUACUUUUGUCUCCCUGACACUGCGGACUACGCCACCCGGAUCGGAGGAGCGAUUCAAUCAACUUUGCGGGAUUCUCGGCGACGGUAUCAUAGGAGGCGUCUGGAUCUAUGCUGCUCGUGACGCCGAUGCGAUUGAAGCGUCGGUCGAUGUUCUCCCCAUGGCCGUACAGGCAUUGGGAAUCGGGUCUGUACGAUAUCUGAAGGGGAUUGUUCCGCAACUCAUCUACCCACUAACACCGGCCCCCGAGAAUGUGGCUACUAAGCAGCUCCAAUUCAGUUCUCUGAGAGCGCUCGCCGUAGUAAUCAGAGAAUGUGCGCCUCGGAUGCAUAAGUGGAAAGGCGUUAUCCUGGAAGGUGUCCUCAAGUGUUGGGUGUCGUUGAUUGAUGUUGGCACUAGUGACAAGGAAACACUUCAAUUGAAAGAUGCACUAAAAGGCAUCGCCAGUAGCCUCUUGAAGGCAUGCCCCUCCAUGGCCCAGGUGGAGUACGCGCGGUUAUUGGAGAUGGAUGAACAAAUGUUCGGACCGCUCGUACGUCUGGAGACUGCAUGA